AAGACUGGGUUUGAACAACGGAGGUUUAAUGGAUUGGACUUGUUCCACCAUGGCAUUUUCAAGAGUUCUUUCUCUUUUUUUUCUUCACUUCCCUCUCUCAGUUCUCGAUUUUUGUUGUGUUUCUGUCAUUUGAUUGAAAGAAUCGAGCUCGGAUGGUGCUUCUGUUUACUUGCUAGGUAAUACCUGGAAGCUGAUGCAGAACCUGGAUUUCAUAUGCCAAAUUAACUUGGUAUCUCAGCUCAACCUGGUUGGUCCAGGAUGAGGUCAUGACUCUGCAUUGUUCUAUGUUUGUUGUUUAAUUAUUCAUGGAAAGACGUUUCAGGAACAUCGUCUCUGAAACGUCGUUGAGGGAGAUUUGAUAAGUUAGGAUAUAUUAGUGAGGUUAAUUCAGCUGUCCUGUUAUUAAACUCUGUUGCCCUAGUAUGGACUUAGCUGAAACUGAAAGUGACCAGAUUGGGCAGUCUAUACAAUUCUACAACUGUUUCAAAGUUUCAAGCCUGAGUGAAACAAUUUUAGAAACUACACAAGUUGGAAAUUUAAAAGAUCGGUAUGUUUUAGGGGAACGAUUAGGUUGGGGACAAUUUGGUGUGAUUCGAUCAUGUUCUGAUAGGCUGACUGGCGAAAUGUUGGCUUGCAAGUCCAUUGCCAAGGAUAAAUUGAUGACAGUUGAUGAUGUGCACAGUGUUAAGCUUGAGAUCGAAAUAAUGUCUCGAUUGUCUGGGCAUCCAAAUGUUGUAAAUCUAAAGGCAGUCUACGAGGAGGAAGAAUGUGUGCACUUGUUAAUGGAGUUAUGUGCUGGUGGGGAGCUUUUCCACCAGCUGGAGAAGCAUGGCAGGUUUUCGGAAUCUGAUGCUCGGGUUAUUUUCAGGCAUCUAAUUCAAGUGGUCAAAUAUUGUCAUGAGAAUGGUGUCGUUCAUAGAGAUCUAAAGCCAGAAAACAUUCUAUUAGCCACAACCUCCUCCUCAUCUCCAAUUAAGUUGGCAGAUUUUGGUCUUGCAACCUAUAUCAAACCUGGUCAGAAUUUGCAUGGUACUGUUGGGAGUCCAUUUUACAUUGCCCCGGAAGUCCUUGCAGGAGGCUAUAACCAAGCUGCUGAUGUUUGGAGUGCUGGAGUUAUUCUUUAUAUCCUUCUCAGUGGGAUGCCCCCAUUUUGGGGUAAGACGAAAUCAAGAAUUUUUGAAGCUGUUAGAGCUGCAGAUUUACGUUUUCCUUCUAAUCUUUGGGAUCAUGUGUCAACAUAUGCAAAGGACUUGAUCUCCAGGAUGCUUUGUAUGGAUCCUUCAAAGCGGCUCACUGCUAAGGAAGUUCUAGCUCAUUCAUGGAUGAAAGAUGCUGCCCAAGCAUCUCAAGAGCAGGAAAAGCUAGAUGCUCGAGAUUGCAGAUGGGUGGAAAUGGGCAUAAGUUCUUCGCCCGCUCCAUUCAUCAUGAGAAAUCGGGAUUUUAGCUUCAGUGAUGGAACUCCUGUUAUUUGUGAGGACCAAAUGGGACAUUCACCUGUAUUCACUUGCAAAUCAUCGUUCUCUUCAUUCCUUUUAGAUAACGGUGGCACGCCUAGUUCUGUUCCAGGAGGAUUUUCUUUCAGCAGUUGCGUUGAGUUAGAUACAGCCACCGAGUUUUCAUCCCCAAUUCCAAAGCUUCCCAGUUUUACUUUCUUCAGUCCAUGUUCAACAGUUGAUCAAGGAAACAGUUCCAUGAGAUUCAAAGCAAAUCUGUCACUGUCAGAAGCGCUUCAUGAAGAACCAAUCAAGAGAAAGCUUUCUCUUCUCCUGGAACCUACAAUUCCAGCCAAGUACAGGUUUGGAGAAUUGGAGUGGAAAGAAACUCGAAAGGGGGGACCAGGUGGAUCUAGAGGGACCAACAUUCCCAGCAAAAGGAAUCAUACAAUCGGACUUGGCGAGCUCGAUCAGCUCAACCUCAUUGUGACCGAAUCAGUUAUACGAUGGGCAUCGUGCACACAUAUCCCAACAACUCCAUCCCUUAGGCUAUCACUUGUCUGUUAACAUUUUCGGUUUGUUAAAAUUGUUUGCCAAAGUACAGACAAGUCAUGCAGGGGAACAAGGAAAGCCGAUGAUCCCGAGAUUUCUUAACGUUUCAGUCUCAGGAAAGUGAAAUCUGUUGUUAUAUAGAGUCUGGGCAGCAUUUUUUUGUUUUAUAAUUUUCAAUGUGGUGCUAUUGGGACUCUGAUGCUUUGUUAUAUUUGGAAGUAGUCACUAAGCAAAGAAUGAGAGGUUUUGCAUUUGCUUGGCCUUUUUUGACAACUC